CAGUCGGUGUCUUUAUCAGCUCUGCUGCAGUUUGAUCAUUUGAACAAGAAGAAAGUUUAAUCAAUUAAAAACCUAAGGAUGGCAGUUUGGGACAAAAAGGUUCCCUGGGGCUUCCUGUUAAUGCUGACAGGUGCUGUGGGUGUUGGUGUGAACUAUCCAGCUCCUGUUUGUGCUGUGACAGGAUCGACCGUCACCCUCCUCUGCACCUUCACACCUCUGAGGUCUGUCGGUCAGGAUGGAAGAGAAGUUUCUACAGAGAUCAUCAGAGUCGUCUGGUGCCGGAACCAUCAGAUUUGUCAGGGCUCUACCCCGUCUGUGUUUGACAGCAGUUCAGGAAACAACAACCCUCGUUACAAAUACCUGGGAGACAAGAAGGGAAACUGCACUUUACAGAUCACAGAUGUGCAGAAGGAAGACGAGGCAACUCUUCACUUCAGAAUAGAGGCUAAUGACAGCAGAGCACAUUUUACUGGACAACCAGGAGUGAACGUCACAGUCUCUGAUGGGACUAGAAUGCAGAUAAAGAGCUCCAGAGGAGACAGAGAGCUGAGAAGAGGUGAAAACGUCACUCUGUACUGCACUGCACUCUGUACCUUCCACCAACUGGAGGUCACCUGGUUCAGAGAUGGCCACGCCCUCUCAGAGUCUGGCCCCGCCCUCCACAUCAUCCCUCUGACUGCAAGGGAUUCUGGGACGUACACCUGUGGUUUGAAGGCCAGCGUCAGCAGCCUCUCCCUGCCGUACAGCCUGAAGGUGGAGGAAGAAGGAUCGACUGUCACCCUCCUCUGCACCUUCACACCUCUGAAGUUUUUCAUUCAGAAUGGAAGAGCAGUUUUAAUCGAGAUCAUCAGAGUCGUCUGGUGCCAGAACGAUGAUUAUUGUCAGUUCCCUGCCCUGUCUGUGUACAACAGCAGUUCACAAAACAACAACCCUCGUUACAAAUACCUGGGAGACAAGAAGGGAAACUGCACUUUACAGAUCACAGAUGUGCAGAAGGAAGACGAGGGAAGUCUUCGCUUCAGAAUGGAGGCUGACUACACCAGAGCACAUUUUACUGGACCUCCAGGAGUGAACGUCACAGUCUCUGAUGUUCAGAUGCAGAUAAACAGCUCCAGAGGAGACGGAAAGCUGAGAAGAGGUGAAACCGUCACUCUGUACUGCACUGCACUCUGUACCUUCCACCAACUGGAGGUCACCUGGUACAGAGAUGGCCACGCCCUCUCAGAGUCUGGCCCCGCCCUCCAGCUCGGUCCGCUGACUGCAAGGGAUUCUGGGAAGUACACCUGUGGUUUGAAGACCAGCAGCAGCAGCCUCUCUCUGCCGUACAGCCUGAAGGUGAAGGAAGAGGAGAAAGUUGCCCCUCUGCUGAUUGUUCGUCUGGUUCUCUUCACUCUGCACUCUGUGCUCAUCGUCAUAGCGGCAUCCAUCUUCAUCAAAAGGUAA